AUGAACGCGCCUCCGCACUAUGACGGCCAUGAGCGCGAUAGCACUUGCCGACCCCCUGAGUACACACCCGCAGUGCACCAUGUGUCUCUGAAUUUCCUAUACCAGGAGAAAACCAGGGGCAAAAGAAGGAUUGCCUCUUACGAGCCCAUAAUUUUUGAGAUAAAUUCAACACAGGUGAAUAUUUACGACAUUCACCACUUGUACAGAAAGUACGCGUGCUUCUAUUUAGACAAGCUUCGUCCUGAAUACAUCGAUCCAGAACUCAACAUCAAAGUGGAGCCCUUGGGGUCUGACGCGGGAGAAGUAUAUUCUAGGGAAUACGGGCGCGUGGACCCUACAGGUACCAGACAGAUUAUUCGGAGACUAUCUGCUGGCAGAAAGGACAAGCCUGUGAUUCUCACUGAAGCUCAGUUGGCAUCCAAAAAUUGUGAAAGAAUACACCAGCUGCUACUGCAUCGUCCUGAUUUUCGUAAGUUGACGUCAGUCGAUAAAGAUGAGACGGACAAAACACUGCAACUGGUCAAAAGAGCCAAACUGUUUACUUUCUCUUUGCAGGAGCUGAUAGACUUUGGCAAUGCUGCAGAUUACCCACACAAGCCGUUCACUCUUCGUCUUUUGUUCCCGCAGGACCAAUUUCUCUUAACGUCAUAUAAUUCAGCAACAUUUGUGGGAAUAUACUACAAGCUCAACAUUGCCAGAGAGCUGUCACUUGACCUCGAUAUGCGUGCUGAGAUGCCGAUCGAUCACUCUGUGCCUCAAAGAAGGCUAUCAGGCCGAGCAAGUCGAUCCGGCAGCGUCGCAACUACUGAGUCGUCGAUUGCUAGCGUUGAUAGCUGCGGUGAGGACGAGGAGUCUCUUUUCUCGGAACCCCUCCACCUCGAAGCUACAAAUGCUUCCGAACCUGCCCCUCAAAAGGAUCCAGAUGAUUCAAGGCAGCCCUUCAAUAGUAAAAGGAAAGAUAUUGAGCGGUACAAAGAGUUAGUCUACACAAUCAGAUGCAUCAAGAUAUUCAAGAGUUCAAAUUAG